UAAGCAAAAUGGAAUGAAAUGGGAAAACAGUGGAGCAGUGAUUGAGGGUCUCAUCAUCGAUGUUGAACCUCCGCAGACAAUGCUUCAAGUCCAUCUCUUCUCUCCUUCACAAUCCCUCCAGGGAUGUCUCGUUUUUAAGAGAUGUUGGUCUUAAACUGAUCUCGAACAAUGUGGUUCGGCCGAGUAGAGCUACUGAAGACUGUUUUUCUUCUUCAUCUUCACCUUUCCAUCCCUUGGAUGGGUGGUCCCGGACAAUGUCCACACAUAGGGGGUCGUCAUCUAGAGGUUCGUCAUCUACAGGGAGGGGAAUGAGAAGCAAAGUAGCGAGACGGGUGGAAAAGGAGACUGGCAGAACUCAAAAAGAGGUUCGGAGGGCAAGUAAGAUCCGAAAGAAGCUGAUGACUGAAAAUGAGAGGCGCAUUUACAACCUCAAAAGGGCCAAGAGAAAAGUGGCAUUGCUACUACAGAAGCUAAAAAAAUAUGAGCUUCCAGAUCUGCCAGCUCCCCGACAUGAUCCAGAGCUAUUUACACUAGAGCAGCUUCAGGCAUUUAAGAAGAUUGGCUUCAGAAACAAAAACUACGUUCCUGUUGGUGUUCGUGGGGUUUUUGGAGGAGUUGUCCAGAAUAUGCACAUGCACUGGAAGUUUCACGAGACCGUACAAGUCUGUUGUGAUAACUUUCCUAAGGAGAAAAUCAAGGAAAUGGCAACAAUGCUUGCAAGGUUGAGUGGUGGUAUUGUGAUAAAUAUACAUAAUACAAAAACAAUUAUUAUGUUUCGUGGAAGAAAUUACCGUCAGCCUAAAAACUUGAUACCUUUCAAUACCCUUACAAAAAGGAAGGCAUUAUUCAAGGCCAGAUUUGAACAAGCUCUUGAGUCACAAAAGCUAAAUAUUAAGAAGAUAGAACAGGAGCUACGCAGAAGUGGUGUUAAUCCUGAGGAUCCAGUUGCCAUGGCCAGUAUCCAGAGAGUUGCUUCCUCAUUCUUCAAUGCAAUUGAUCAGAAGGAAGGGACUCCUUAUGUAUUCCAUGGGGAUAAGCUGUCACUAGCAGAGACUGAUAACAAAUUGAGACAUUUAGAACCUCCUGAUCAAGAUGAGCAGGAGGAGUUAGACAAGUUCAUCUCUGAGAUUGAAAAUGCAGCUGAACGCGAGUGGGCUGCUGAGGAAGCAGCAGAGAAAGAAGAGUUUACCCGAUUAAGGUAUUGGAACAAAGAAGAAUUUGGGGGGAGAUACAGAAGAUCUGAAGUACUUGAAAAUGACAGCUCUGAUGAUGAGACAAAAAGGACGAGGGAUCGGAGGGAUACACGUGGCAAGAAGAUGCCUGUUGAUAUUGAUUAUGAAGAUGACGAGGGAGAUUCGGAUUCUAAUAGUGUUGCGCAUACUAGUGUUUUUGACAGUGAUGCUGAUGAUUCAGAUGGAAUGCAAGAGAAGUUCAAGGCAUCUCCAAUUGACAGGGUAAAGCAGUAUCAGAUUGGGAGGGGAAAAAGUGAUGCACACUUUAAAAUAAGUGUUAAAGCUAAUAAUUCAAAGAUCAUGGAAGUUGAAGGUACUGAAUCAGAGAACACAUUCAGUGAUCUUGAAAGUGCAAUGUGGCACUCCGAUGAUGGGGAAGUUGAUGGUACUGAAUCAACACCAUCGAGAGCUGUGAGAUAUGAAUACCUAAGCAGCAGUGAUGACGAAGAGGAGUUGAAGUUAAAUUACUUGACGUUAGAAAAGAAGCAGCAGGUAGAUAACGCUGAUGAUUCCAAUGAAGCUCAUGACGAAUUCAAGGUAUCAAGUGGUGCAAAGGGGAAGCGUGACAGUGAAUAUCUAAAAGGAGAUGCUGAUUUUAACAUAAGAAGAAAGUCGGUUGAAGAGGACAUGGAGUCAGACGAUCUCUUUAGUGAUGAUGAAACUGCAAUGUGGGAAUCACAGGCCAUAAAAGAUUCACGGGCAUCAACUGCAGGAAAAUACAAUUAUAGGAGCAGUGAUGAAGAUGAUUAUUCAGUUAGGAGAGAAGAGAAGAGUAAAGCGGAUGAUGACAAGCGGACAAGAACACCAAAAGAGUUGGAUGAGAUUUGGGACAGUGAUUAGAUCGGUGAUUAUAGGGGCUCCAUUUGAGGCUUACAGACUAUAAGAUGGAAAGAUCAUGCUGUGUAUACUAUUCAAACUUUUUUCUUAUUCUUUAAUAAAUUACAACUUUAAUCAUAGAAGUGUUACAAUGAUGAAAUGCUAUGCCAUGAAGGUCCAUGUCCAAGUUCUGGACAACA